UCUUCUUCUUUCUUCCUUUUACAUCCCAUCGCCAAGAGAUUAGCCAUGGCGAGCAGCCGAGCACCACCACAACAGCUAGGAAAAUGGAAGAGUUAGACGCCGGCCGUCGGCACCAACAGCCGGAGCUCCUCCGUUGCAUCGCUGGAGGUGGCAUAGCGCACAUGGAGGGGAGCCAUGGUAAGGACCACCACAACAACGGGGAACCGGGAGGUGAUGCCGGUGAUACAAAUGGCGCUCGUCGAUGAAUGCCGGUGCUGCAAUGCACCAACGCGUCCAUGGCCGCCGUACUCGAGCGCCAGCGGCGGAGCUACAAUGGAGCUGCUCGGCUCAGGCGGCGGAGCUCCAAUGGAGCGCUCGACGCCGGCGGCGGAGCUCCAAUGGAGCGCUCGACGCCGGCGGCAGAGCUGCAAUGGAGCCGCUCGGCGCAGGCGGCGGAGCUGCAAUGGAGCCGCUCGGCGUAGGCGGCGGAGCUUCAAUGGAGCGCUCGACGCCGACGACGGAGCUGCAAUGGAGCAGCUCGACGCAGGUGGCGGAGCUGCAAUGAAGCUGCAAGUCGCCGACUACGGAGCUGCAAUGGAGCGCUCGUCGACGCCUCCCCCCUGCUCCGAUGCACCACUCCCGCGACUGGUCCCGGUGCUCCAGCGCUGCGCUUGUGAAUGGCUCGGUGCAGCGUCGUUGGCAGCUCUUGGGGGCAGCCCGUUGCAGUGAAGCGCUGCUGCCAUGCCUAGAGUCUAUGGUGUUGCCACGACCGGCAGCGGUAAUGUGUUUGCAAGGUGAGGAACGAGCUGGGCAGAGCCUGGUGCUGCGAGCGAGCGCGGCAUGGCGGCUGCGACUGCGAGCUAGAUCAGGGCCGCUCGCUGGAGCUCACCGCGUCUAUCUCAGGAAUCGCGUGUGCGUGGGGAUUUUUUUGAAUUGGAUGCGACGCGAGGAAGACGAGGCCACGCACGGCGUUCUAUUGUGUCAGAGCGACGCGGUCUAGAUUGACUAAUCCAACGUAUCGAGGGAUUUGAUCGGACGGUUGGGGACCCGACUAAUUUCCUGAGGAAAUAAGUCGGAUGAUUCCUAGCAGCCGC